UAAUGUUGUCUUUGGUUGGGAUUUUCCAUAUGACACCAAGUGGCAAGUAUAAAGUGCAUUGAAAGAAAGACUAAUGUUUUAUUUAGUUUAUUGAACUUGCUAUAAUAAGAUUUAAUUUUUAAAAUCAAAAUAAUUGCCGUACUGUUUAGGUACUACAAGUUUUACAGUAUACAGAGUUAAUAGUUAGUUAGGAGUUUGACUGAUGAUAGAUAUUACAUGAAAUAAUUUGAAAAGAUUUAUUAACUAUGGCUGACAAUACUGAAGGUAAUGAACCAAUUCGACAGAUUGAUGAUGAGGAAACAGAGGAAUGGAGUGACAAUAUGUGUAUCCGAAUAUCAUUAGAAGAUAGUUUUCCUGCUAUAGUUAGAGAUAAAACUAUUCAAAAGGGCAUUAUAAACAGAUUUCUUAAUUUUUAUUUAUCUGGGAAAGUGCAAAAAGGCUUAAACGCAAGAGACAUUAUUUUUGCAGUAAUUUCAAUAAUACCAUAUUCAUUAAAAACAGAGGAGCUAAUUUGGAAUGAUAAUGAAUUUAGUGAUGACGGAAAACUAUUCUUUUUGACCCCGGAUGAUAAAUUAAAGACAGAUAUAAACAGUAUUCUUACUCAACGCCUCAAAAUAAAAGACGAUCAGCUUGAAAAAAAUAACAACAUUACGGACAAUGAAACAAAAAUAUCAGAAAAUUCUAUCACUGAGUUAAAAUUAGAAAACGAGAAGUGUACUGAUUGUAACACGCCCGAUAUACCCGACCAAGUCAGUGACGCAGUUCAUGACGAAAAAUCUUCAUUAAAUGAAAGCUAUAACAUAAAUGAAGAUGCAAGCGAAGAUAUUGGACCAUCACCACUUGAUACCUUGGGUUGGUUUAGAAAAAAACCUAUUAACAAACAGCCAAUUAGUAUUGAAGCCAAUGAGUAUGGCUCGGCUGAGAAUGCAGCAUUUUGCAUAUCUUGCAAUAAACUUCUCGACCUAUGGAAUUCUGAUAUAAGAGCAAGAAUAUACCUAAAGUAUUUCUUUGGUUUCGCUGCCUUAAGUCUAAUGAGAACCGUAGCAAAGUCCUAUCACCAUGUCAUCAAAAUGUUUCAAAAUACAUUUCCAAGAACUGUUUCAUUUACUGCAGAUCUUAUUAAGUAUUCUCCUCCUAGUAACGCAUGCGUGACAACAAGUUUUAAAACCUUUAGGCGUGUGGAGCGCCAAACGCAAAUAAUGUUUGCAAAAUUAGUUAUAAACUCAUUCUUGCUAAAUUACAAGCUCAGCAAAGAAAUCGAAAUAUUAGACAUAUCUGACACUGGUGGUGUAAGAAAUAUGUUGAGAAUUACUGUAUUGUCUCAUUUAUCUCAUUAUGGAAUGGAACUUAUAAAUAUGCUACAGGAAAUUGCUUCUAGAACAUGUUUUAGUAGGGCAUUUAAAUCAUUAUACUCAGAGGAAACAGCAUUUUCAUGGAAUAAAGUCAAUAAUUUCUUUAAAAAGUAUAUGUAUGAGUCUGCACGCCAACGAACUUUUCACUGGGCACCAAUUAUUGAUAGAAAACAGUUUAAAUAUCUGUCAUGUGAAAACAAUUUUGAGUUAGCAGUUGUAACUGCAGUUUUCGUUGAGAAACUUUCUUUUAAUGAGGGUAUUUGGAAUGCGCGUUGGGUAAAGUCUGGGAAAAAUUUGGAAACUUAUAAGAAACUUGGACUAAAAAUGUAUGAAGAUUAUAGUAAUCAGAAAGAAUUAUUUUUAGGUUUUGAUAUUUUGAGACUUUCCACAUUAGUGGCCAAUUUGAAACCUUUAUAAUAAUCUAAUCAUUUUUUUACUACAUAUAUACUAUAUAUUUGUCUGUGGUAAAUAUUUGUCAAGAAUAUUUUAUAUUAUUUAUUAUAUAGUUUUAGUGUGCAUGUAUAUCACCCUAAUUUAUAUUUCACGAAUCCCUAUAUUCCCUUAAACCGAGGGUUGUUAGUUAGGGAGAAAUCGCAAGUAAGUAAUAAGACCUUUAUUGAUGUACCUACAUAUUUUUACUUAUUUGCUUUUUUUGGAACAAAGUUAUUUUAAGCGGCUUACAGUAAAGUGAACUAAUAUUCUUAGCUAAAAUCUUCACAUAAGAGAAAAGCUUUAUGCCCCUUUGCGUAUGGUAAAACAGGUUUGACUGUAAUAUUUUUUAUUUAUUAGUCGUGGAGUUGUUAAAAAGUUCGAGUCUCCUGAGUCUUAAGCUCAUUGAAGCUCGAAUCUGAAAAAGACUCGUUCUUUAUCCUCGAGAGUUUAAAAUCUUAAGUCCAUGAGGGACUUGAGUCUAAGCUCGAGUUCUGCCUUUGAGACUCAUGAUAUCAGGCUAGUUCUUAAGGCUUUAGAGUUUUUAAGGUUGGAGCUUUAACGAUUCAAGGGGCAUUAUAGCUCGAGGUUGAAGAUUCAGUAGUUCUCAGGUCUCAUGGCUUGAGUUCCCAACUCAAAGCUCAUUAUUCCUAACACAAAUUAAAUGACAGAAGAUACGUGAUUUUUCAUGUUAGUUCUGUCUGUGAUACCGUACUUAUAUAUAAUAUAAAUAAAAACAAAAAAUCGGCACCGGUA